AUUUGAACCCGAUCCUCAUCACAUCCUCCCGCCAUGUUCAGAAACAACUACGACAACGAUGCCGUCACCUUCUCCCCGCAAGGUCGGAUAUUCCAGGUUGAAUACGCACAGGAAGCCGUGAAGCAAGGAUCUGUGGUGGUGGGACUGGUCAACAAGACACAUGCCGUGCUCGUCGGCUUGAAGCGUAAUGCCGAAGAACUCUCGUCAUACCAGAAGAAGAUCAUCGAAAUCGACUCCCACAUGGGCAUUGCCAUCGCCGGUCUCGCCUCGGACGCUCGGGUGCUCUCCAACUUCAUGAAGCAGCAGUCGCUGGGUUCGCGGAUGACCUACGGCCGCCCCUUGCCCGUCGACCGCAUCGUCAGCCAGAUCGGCGAUCGCGCUCAAACGAACACCCAACAUUACGGCAAGCGGCCCUACGGUGUCGGCCUGCUCGUGGCCGGCGUCGACGACGCCGGUCCCCACCUGUUCGAGUUCCAGCCCUCGGGCAUGACCCAGGAGAUGGUGGCCUGUGCCAUUGGCGCCCGCUCCCAGAUGGCCCGUACCUACCUCGAGCGGAACUUGGAGAAGAUCGCCGGCUCCACGCGCGACGAGCUCAUCACCCACGGCCUGCAGGCCCUCAAGGAGACCCUUUCCCAGGAUAAGGAGUUGACGGUGGAUAACACCUCCGUCGGCGUGGUGGGUCUGGCUCCCGAGGGGGCCAGGGGUAGGAUCGAGAGCUUCAAGCUAUACGAGGGUCAGCUGCUCGUACCUCUGCUGGACGCAUUGGAGCGGUCGGAAGCCGGCGAGGAGACGAAAGAGGCCGAGACGAUGGAGGUUGACUCAUAGAGCGUGGGUCGGGGACGGUGCCGCACCUAGCUUCGAAUCCUUUAGAUGAAUUUACCUUCGGAUAGUUAUAGUCAUGAAUCGGGAUAAUCUCAUGUUACCCUAUAAC